GUAGAAAUUCAUGACUCCCUCCCAAACCAAUCAACCUAUCUUCCAAGCUUUAUGACGCCGAAGGUGAAAACAGAUUUGAGUUCUUUCGUCGAAAAGAUCUCCGAAAUUUUUGAAGACAAUGUUCUCGCGCUCGAUAGUGUAACGUCUGCAUUGUCUUGACGGAAAGCUCCCAGCACAGAUUAGGAUUCAAGGAUGGGGUUCAGUGGGACGCAGGAGAAAUGCAAGGCUUGCGACAAGACCGUAUAUCUCAUCGAGUUGGUAUCAGCUGAUGGAGUCCCUUAUCACAAGACCUGCUUCAAAUGCAGCCACUGCAAUGGCAAAUUAGUGAUAAGCAGUUUCUCUUCGUUGGAUGGAGUCUUGUACUGCAAGCCUCAUUUCGAGCAGCUCUUCAAGGAGACAGGAAGCUACAGCAAGAAAUUCCAACCGGGAAAGUCUUCUGAUCUGAAACAGAAUGCGCUGUCUAGGACUCCUAGCAAGCUUUCACAGAGGUUUUGCGGUACCCAAGACAAAUGCGCAUUGUGCCAGAAGACGGCUUAUCCGCUCGAAAAGCUGACGGUGGAGGGAGAGUCAUACCACAAGUCCUGCUUCAGGUGCUCCCAUGGGGGCUGCUUCUUGAACCCAUCCUCCUAUGCUGCUCUGGAUGGCAUCUUGUACUGCAAGCACCACUUUGCUCAGCUCUUCAAGGAGAAGGGCAGCUACAACCACCUCAACAAGAUCGCCUCCAUGAAGAGGGACGCGGCUGGGCCGCUCCCCGAGCCGAAGGAGCAAGCGGGAGCGCCCGAUCAAGAGCCGGGGAACGCGCAGGAGUCGGGACCCGAGGACAAGCGCAAGUCGGAACAGAAACAGUAGACAUUGGCGUUGAAACGAUAAAGUCGCAGCAGCGAUGGCAAAAUUCGGAGCUUCUUUUUUCUUGCUCAUCAUGAUUAUGCAUUUGAAUUUGAGUUUAACCUUGUUGUUAUAUUCUUAUUAUCAAAUUUGAGAUCUUUCUACGAC